CACGUGUCUAUCAAGUUCAUCCCACCAACAAGGCCGUGAUUCAGUCUCUGACAAACCCGAUUAGCCCUUCCAAAUACCAUUCACCGUUCAAGAAUUGGGCACUAUAUGCUACGACAAGAGGCCGGGUCAGUCUUGUGAUUGUUUACCCUCUGACACCUCUCCAAGGCUCCCGUCUCCGACCCUGGUUAACCCUCCGAGAGGAAACUAUCCGAGUGUGACAUCCAACACAAUAUAGUUCUUGCACCAACAGAAGACGAAGCACCUUUGUCCUUGGCCUUCAACUUCCCUUCGACCCUUCCUCCACGUCCCAGCAUCCAAACCAGUCAGACUAGCCAUCAUGCAAUCUGGAAUAUCAGCCUCCGCCGACCUUCAUGCGGCUUUCAAGUCCUUUACCAGUGACAGCACCCUUUUUGCUCUCCCCAUCACCAUUACAUCCGAGUCCCUGACCCCACUCGCCGCAAUCCCAUUUCCCUCAGGCUCAUCCACCCUGGAAACCUCGCUCAAUGCCCUGUCGGAGCUGCUGACACCCACCACUCCUCUGUACCUCCUUCUCCGCCGCACUCCACAGUCCCCGUCAUUGAUCUCCGCCGCAUACAUCCCUUCAAGAUCCCCUGUCCGCCAGAAGACCUUGUUUGCAGCCACGCGGGCAACCCUGGUGCGGGAACUCGGGCAAGAGAAAUUCGCCGAGUCGGUCUUUCUGACUGAGCGCGAGGAAGUUUUGGACGUCACCACGUGGAACGAUGCUAGUGGCGGGCCCCAGGGUACAUCCGGUCAGGGCAAUGCCGACAGCGCCAUCCUCAGCACCGAGGAACGCGAGCUGCAGGCGGUGAAAAGAGCCGAGGACGAGGAGCGACAUGGCACACGUGGCCGGGACCUGAUGGGCGACGGAGGCAGCGGUGCUAAAGCUGGUGGUGUGUCAAGCACCGGCAUCCAGAUCAACGUAACCGACGAUGCUAAAGCUGCAUUUCGAGAGAUUGCCGCCGCCCAGCAGAGUGGACACAGCACAGGUCUUCUGGUCCAGUUUGGGAUCGAGAUCAAGGGCGAGACCAUUAAGCAUUCCAAAACGCACCGCGGUGUCGAGCCGAGUAGUGUGCAUUCCCAUAUUCCAUCCGACACUCCGAGUUACAAUUUCUACGUUGCAUCGGCGGGCUCUAGUGCCGUCAUCUUCAUCUACGUCUGCCCGGGCACGAGCAAGAUCAAGGAACGCAUGAUUUACGCCUCGAGUCGCCUAGCUGUCUUGACCAUCGCCAAGCAAGAAGGCGUCAAGGUCGUCAAGAAUCUCGAGGCCGGCGACCCGGAAGAUUUGAGUGGCGGCAGAAUCAACGAGGAAAUCGCUAUUCACCUCGGUCCGCAGGAUGACGGUGACAGUCAGCCCGGCAGUGGCACUGCGACCCCGAGUGGCGGCAGGUCGGCUGGAUUUGCAAGACCCAAAAGACCUGGAAAGAGGUGAUAAGACACGACCGCAUGGGAAAAUUGUCUGUUGUCGACUUGUUGGAAGACCGUGUCAGGAGCACCAACAACCCUUGACAUCGAUUGGCCAUUGCAUUCCAUACAUGUAGAUCGGUUCACAGCAUAGCGGCAAGAGAUCGCACGUCGAAUAAACAAAAGAUUCUUGGGUCAUACAUGGAUGGACAUGGAAUGGCAUUUUUGAAUUUUUCGAAUUGAUGAGUUCUACUUUGUUCAGAUGCAUAUCAACUCAAGCCAUUAUCGUGAUGAUAAUGAUCAUAAUUGGAAUGAGCACGACUGAGCAAUCCUCAAAGAA